UGUCCACUGCUCCCUCUCCUGCUUCAACUUCAGUGUCCAUUUCUGGUGAACUCCCUAUACAAGUCUGUGGGAGGCCCAAAAUCAAACCACGCCUACUCAAGGGUCAGUCAGUUGCAGAAGGGUCCUGGCCCUGGAUGGCCAAUCUGUACUGGAAAGGGAGGCAUGUGUGUGGAGGGACGCUCAUUACCGGGGACUGGGUGAUGACAGCUGCACAGUGCUUACCCAGUCCGGUGAUUGUCGGGGAAUGGAAAGUGGUUCUGGGAAAACUGAAGAAGAAUGUCUUAAGCCCCUACGAGAGAUCCCUGGGGAUCCAGAGUGUUCAAACCAGCCAGCUUGGUGGCACCAACAUCGCCCUCCUGAAACUGGUCACCAAGGUCUCCUUCACAAAAUAUAUCCUGCCCAUCUGCCUGGCUGGGGAGAGAGUCUCAUUUCCCAUAGGAACUCAGUGUUGGAUCACUGGCUGGAGAAACACAACUAGAAUAGGUGAGAACACCUUCCAGGAAGUGUCCACAGCAAUCACUAAGUGUAUGAACGUCUCUUCAGGUGACAACCUCUGUACUGGACCGCUGGACCUUCAGCAGGUAUCCACUCAUUCCGGCACUGAAUUCUUCUGA